ACUUAUGGCAGACUGGAUGUGCUGAUGAAUAAUGCAGGCAUUAUGCGACUCAAUAAAAUUGAAGACGUGGAUGAUGAAACGAUUGAUCAACUUUUGGCAAUCAAUCUAAAAGGACCAUUAUAUACCAUGCGUGAAGCGGCCAAGCGCUUGGCUCAUGGCGGUAAAAUUAUUAACUUAUCCAGCAGUGUUGUGGGUAUGAAGCUUGAGACUUAUGGUGUUUAUACUGCGUCAAAAGCUGCCAUAGAGUCUUUAACUGCGAUUUUAGCCAAAGAGUUAAGAGGUAAAAAUAUUACGGUGAAUGCGAUUGCACCAGGGCCAACAGCAACAGCGCUUUUUCUCGAAGGGAAAAGUGAUGAACUGAUUGCACGGCUAAUUCAGGCGGCGCCUUUAGAGCGUUUA